CACGUGACAUAACGAAUUCACGUUUGAUCUUACUUCAAUAUAUUCGUGGGUCCUUAAAAUAACAAAAGCUGGAAGAUUGCAAAACUUUAAACGGUCUCAUUCAAGUCUAUUGAAAGAUUUUCGACGAAUGUGAAACAUGCAUGAAUUUGUUAUAUGUUGCUGUCGCUUUGGUUGAAAGGGCUAACCCUUUGAUGGGCAGAGAAAGAACACAAUUAAAAAGGAAGAAAGAGGAUGGAUGUCUUUUACUAUGCUCACAAUCUCUAAAUCUAAUUUUCUUAAAGUGGAGUAAAAAUAAACUGGAUCAGCAGAAAAUAUCUACUUUUGUUCCCGAAGCAAAAACUGUUUUAGAGGAUCACUUAUUUCUUAAUGAAUAAUUGUGGAAGAUUAUUUUAGUCAUGAACUCCAAUCUGGAGAUCGGCAGGUGUUUAGGAAGUAUAAAUGACAAGUAGAGUUGAUCACAGUCAGUUUUCUUCCUGUUCGUUCUCCCUUUGAGUCCGCACAUCAUGGCUUCUUCAUUAGAAAUAUCCAAUGAUUGCCAUACCCGUGAUAUACGACGCACGUGUAAAAGGUCCACACAUUGUCUAAAACAGCUAAAGUUACCACACAGUGCGGCGUCGAAACAGUGACGCCGCAAACAGUAUGACCGUCAUGUCACAGGCAAAAGGAGCAUGUAUGACUGUUUUCUUCUUUACUACUCUAAUUGGGAACUCUAUAGUAGCAUAUAUAGGUAUAAAACACUGGAGUCACACUCGUCAACACAUCACCCAUUUCCUGGUUUUCAACCUCGCUAUAGCCGACCUAGUGGUCACUCUGUUUGCUAUGCCAUUUGAAAUCGUAGAGGAGUUUCUGGAGCUCUGGUUAUUUGGUAAUGCCAUGUGUAAGAUAGUUGAAUAUAUCCAAGCCGUUGCAUUGGGUGCAUCAGUAUUUAUCAUAACGUCUAUCGCUGUUGAUCGGUAUAUCUGUAUUGUAACACCUUUGAUGAAAAGACUUAAAGUAAGGCAUGGGAAACUCAUCGUGUCAUUUUGCUGGAGUUUUCCACUUCUUCUCUCGAUUCCAUAUAUUUUUAUGUACGAUGUUGAAGUGGAGAUACACCACGAGGGAAGUAAUGCUACAACAUUGAUAUGCGAGUCACAUGGUUUACCAUACGUGUGGAUGACUAAGAUAUACUGGUUUCUUGAGAUGUACUUCACAUUUUUGCUGCCACUUGUUGUAAUGAUUUUCUGUUACUCAAAACUUCUCCGGAAGAUCAUGUCGCUCAAGAAAGUGGGCGAGCCAUCUCACCACGCUUCUACAAUCCAUCAAAUCUCACCGAACCCCGUACCGAUCAACAACUUACGUCGCAUCAAGAAUAAGUCAGUUAAACUAACCCUAGCUUUUAUGACCGUAUUUGUUAUUUGUUGGACUCCAAAGUUUGUACUGGAAGUGGUUAGAUUAGCGUUCGGUACUAGAGCAGCGAGUAGGAGAUCGACUAUAUAUGAAAUAGCAUUGUUCAUGAGCUACGUGAAUGAGACCAUGAACCCGGUGAUAUACGCGAUGUUCGACCCUUUCUUUCGUGAUAAGCUAGCACGUUUACUGGGUAAAAAGGAUAACAUGUCAGGAUUCACCACGGAUACGCUCUCUAUGCCAAAUUAAAGUUAUUGGAAAGAAGAACAACUUCACCAACAACCUUUCAGCUUCAGUCACUAAGAUAUCAUGAACACGAUCAUCGUGCCGCAUGAAAUCAUAAACAAUUCAUCCAUGAGCAACUCAGCAUUGUAUAGAUUUUCAGAAUCUGAAAGAGGAUUUUAUCCACUGUACUUAGUUUCGUAAGAGCAAAGGAUUUUAAAGUAAAGAAGAUCACGCUACCUAGAACAACGCAAAACAUACUAAACAAGGUGCGACUUAGCAUGAAGGUGUGGUCAAUAUGCGCCAAACAUUGACCAAACACUUGAAAACACAGGAAUAGCAGAAAUAUCACCAGAGGGUAAACUACAUACUAUGUACAUCAUGAGAGUAAAAUGUACAUUUGUAAAUGCGUGAAAUAUAGUGUACAAAAUUGCGAUAUUAAAAUGCAAUAGGAGCCCGUUAACAAGUCUUACUAUACAUACCCACAGGACACCCUACCUCGUGGAAGCAGCGGCCUUAGAACAUUGCUUCCUAUGACCGCCGAAGGUGCCAAACUAUUGGCAAAAACUAUUGGAUUUUUGUAUACAACAAUACGUUUUUAAAGUGUUCUUGCAGAAAGCAAGGCUCUUGUUGAAUAGAAAUCCUAAGAAGGCGUAUAUUUAUAUACACUGUAGAUAAGUAUUUAUAUCAUUUAUUCAUUAACGUUACACUGAUAAAAAUCACAUUUUAAAAAUGCUUUUCCCUAUCCUUCUAGCAGAGGUAGUUUGCCUUCUCUGCUUUCAUGGUAGCCAUUCAAUAAAAGUAUCCUCCAUCAAGUAGCAAACAUUAUUAAAUGAACUGCAGAGGUAUUCUCUCUCACCGGAGGAUCAUUGAAAGAACACUUUGUAAGUUGGCAGACAAAA